GUAUUAUUCGUAGUGUCGCUUAACAUACUGUAGUACUUCUAGUAAUUCUCAUCAUUCUCAUACGUGCAGCACAUAAGUGAAGUCGGGCAAACGAGAAUUGUGCGGAAAAUGCAUAGAUUUUAUAGAAUUAAAAUAUUCUUAAUUUGCAUUUUUGCAAUAAUUGAGACUUUUAAGGAAGUUGGUGGUACACCAAAAACAGUAGUUGAACAAAAAGUACUGCCACUUGGCCAAUUAUCCGAAAUCCACGAUGGAAAAUUGGAAAGAAGCAAACGUGGCUUCUUGGAUUAUCUGCUGUCGGGACUCGUUGAAUAUUUUGAUUACAGCGAUGAAGAUGACUCUGAAGAGGAUGAAAAAUAUUUGAUAUGUCGAAAUUGCACAAUUCUUAUUAGCCAGCAAGAUAGUCACAUAAGCGCCGCGGUGCGACCAACUGUUGCUCCCGCAUCUUUGGAAGGCGAAAAUAAGUACCCAAAUGGA